AGCAGCCAUUCUCGUUCGUUAGCAAACUUUACUAGCAACUUGCCAUCUCGCUUGUAUCGUAUGCCAAAUCCAUUGAAUAUGUAGACUUCUGUGACUAAUAUUUAGUGUAAUGGUUUUCAAUACCAAUUUGUUAUGGUGUUUUUCUGUGGAUUCGUGCCCUCCUUAGCCUGGCCUCGAUAUCUUCGCAGCUCAGGUCCAAGAAAGUAGCACAUUUCCUUAUAAUGCGUGGUAUGUUGAAGUUGUCAACGUCGAAACCAUUGGCUCUUCUUGCGAAGCUGGGCAUGCCCAAUUGCGCAGAGAAUUGCUCUGGUCAUGGAGAGUGCCACAAUGGCACUUGUGUGUGUGAAAUUCAAUUUGAAGGAGAUGAAUGUCAUACUUUAAACUUUUCUUACUUUGCUGCGUUUGCAUCAGCUUUCUUUUUCCUGGCUCUGGUAUGCCUAGUACAAUUGGUAACAUGUAUUGUGGCAGAAUGGCAGCGCAUGAAGGCACCAUCAUUGUUACGAGCAUGCAGGCUUACAACUCAAAAAGUUUUAUACUUUGUAGUUUUUCUUGCUGCCAUGAUCAGGGGUGCUUACUUUACUGCACCGACUGCAAUGCUGGAAGGAUGGUCCAGCAGUCUGCUUAGUGCAUAUUAUCCCCUUCUGCUGACCGGCGCUUCACUGAUUGUUUGUUUUUGGGCAGAGGUGUUUCAUCUGCGUGAUAUUCGCUGGGAAAAGCCACAAUUUCUAUCAAAGUCAUAUUUGGCUUUUGUGACUUUCAACAUCAUAACAUAUUCCUUACUUUUGGCAGAAUUCAUUACAACUCAAAUGUCUGACACAAAUAUGGCCAAAAAAAGUUUCUAUUCUCACAUAUUUAAUGGCUGCUAUGCUGUUCUGUUGUUUAUUGUUGUGAUCUUUUUCCUCAUAUAUGGUGUUGAAGUCUUUUUCAAGGUUCGGGGUGGUUUCCUGUAUGAGCAUCAAACUAAAGUCACUAGCAUUGCUACUAGUAGUAGGACACCUUCUGGGAGCAAAGCUCAAGAAAAGACUCAAAAUGGAGAGGGUGAGGAGGAUCCGGCACUUCCCUCCAGUGGACAGACCAGCAAAUUGAGAUCAAUAUCCGACACAGUUGACACAUCUCAGCUGCAUCAAUCAAGAUUUGGCUUGGUUUCUCAAGCAUUUAUGCUCAUCACAAUUGUGGGAUUCCUGUUCAGUGAAACUCUGAGCGAAUUUUGGAAAUGGAAAGUACCCCUUUACUCACGAAAUUGGCAUGAUCUGGUUUUUCGUGUUGUUGAAAUUGGUGUUGUUCUCUGGUUUCCCUGUGUUUUAUGGAAUUGUAUGAGCCCGGAACAACUGUGGAUUUUGAACCCGAAAAGAAUUUUGAAAAAGUAUGAGGUUGAUGUGAAGCACAGAGUUAUACCCAAAGAUGACACUGCUGAGAGAGAUACUGCAGAUUCUGAUGAGACCUCAUCACUAUCGAAAGAUUGCUGGAUAUGUUAUGACAGUGAACGCACUGAUGCUGGACCUUUAAUUCAACCCUGUCAGUGCAGAGGAGAUGUCAGCUCUGCUCAUCAUGAUUGUUUGAGACGUUGGCUUGUUGAAAGCUCAGUCAAUCCUGACAGUAUGCGGUGCAAAGUUUGUGGGGUUUCAUACCAAGUGGAACGAAGUGCAAAACUUGAUUGGCAACAAGGUUUCACAUCACAACAGAUUGUUACCACAACAUCGCUUGUCACAAUAAUGUGCCUGUCUGCAGCAGGAGCAUGGGUUGUCAUACAACUUUAUGAAGAUUCAUAUAUUCGAAUGCUAGCUGUUGGCAUGGCUGCCCUUGUUGAAUACCUGUGCAUAAGAUUUUUAAGCAUGCAUACAGUUGUAGCGUACCAACGAGCAAAGGUGUCGGCUCUCAACAUAAUGGGAUCUGGUCAACUCAGCACUAUUAGCCAAACUAUCGUCUCUGUAGAGAAACCUCCCAGUACUGCUAUAUAGGUAAUGGGAUAGUUUUUCAAAAUAUUUUUGUACUUUUUGUCAAGAUUUGCUUUUGUAAUUUUUUCCCUCUUUUCAAACGGUGUCAAGUUUUAUUUCAAGACAACUUUCUUUUAGUGUCUGAUUUUGUGUUUCAUUGAAUUAGUGCAUAGAAAGUAAAUAUGUAUGAUGGUCAUUCCUCAAUUGGGAAGAUCUACCAUAUUCAAAAUACGGUAUGCACUUCAAGUGUGGAGGGAGAAUAGAAGUAUAAUUGCAUCAAACAGAUGAAUUGUUUGGCAUUUUCUUCUCUAUUUCUUUGUUAUUUUUUAUCAAGUGUGGAACAAUCUUUUUUAGAGCUAUGAGGAAUUGAAACAUUGUUAUGUUUGCUUUUAAUUUUUAAUUUUCUAGUCAUUAUUAAAAUGCAAUGAUGCAUGUAUUUGCUGAGUGCCUUAAAAUUCAAGAACUGAAAGUAAGAAGGGUUUGUUCAUUACCCAAUUCCAAAUUCUUCUUCUUUAAAGUGCUAAAUUCCUUCUUUUUCUGUUGUUUUUUUAAUUUUGUUUUGUUUCGUUCUAAGACUCUCCCAUAUCCCUAUUCCAUAAUUAGCAAUACUCGUUCAAAAUCACAUGCAAUUGACGACUGAAUUAAUCUUAAAUUUGUUGCACACACUCAGGUGCUUUCAGGCUAAUCCAGUAGGCAUUUGUCAGAGACCAGCAGGGCAGCCUGACUUGGUUGGCUAUUGCAAUUAUGUGCCCGUAUACCAUUGUUAGAGGAAGAUGUAAUUGGUUGUAGUCAUCUGCUUUGUCAACGUCUGCGCUCCUGCUGUUGAUUCUUUGCUUUCAUAGUUUACUUUGUUGACCUAAUCCAAACCUAUGUAGUUCCAAGAAUUUGUAUCUAUGUAUCUACUAUCAAAUACUCAACUAUGUUUUCAUUAUUCCAGCAUAGACAAGUUUUAACUUAGCAAAUUGGUAGUAGAAAUUAAUCUUAAAAUCUAAUACCAUUAUGUUAAGGGUAUCUACCUAGUUUUCUACAAGACGAGUUAACAGACCCAUGUUUAUACUAUUUCCAUUACAUUUGCCUGUACAGUACUAACUAUGUAGUGUCACUGAUGUAUGCAGGGAUUUUGUGGUAUCGUGCAUGCACAGUUACAUAACUUAUAGGAUUAUAGGGCAGGAUUAGUAUUUGAUUCAUAAUGAGCACAGUACUCAGCCCUUCUCUGAAUUGAAAGAUCUUUUUCAUUUUUUGUCAACCCUCUGUCAUUUAUCUCACAUUUCUGCUUUUUAGUUAUAUAGGUGCUACUAACAUGGUUAUGUUCUCAUUCAUUAUUCAAGCUGUUCUUUUGUUUUUAUUUACUUGUUCCAUUAAUGGGGCUGUUCCCGCAAAUUUCUAACCGGCUGACCAUGUUAAUGCAAUUUUCUUUAAUCCCAUUUCAUUGGUUACAUUAUCAGUUGCAUUCAUUGACAACACAGCAUGCCAUUCUAGCUUUUCACUUUAUCAUUAUUCAUGUAAUUGAUUGCCAAAAAGGAAGAGUUGUUUUUUUUGUAAGUAUGAGAUAUUUUUUAUGUAUUGUAAGGUGGUAGUUUCUCAGAUAUCCCUUUUCUUCUUAGAACAGAUAUCUACUAUGUACACUCAGAGUAGUAAGAAUGUAUUUCUUCAAUACUUCUGUUGUAGGAAACCUGUGAUAAGAACCAAUUCAUAUAUCCCCAGUAUGGUUGUUUUCUCCUUUCGUGAUGUUACUUAAAGUGUAAGUGUUAUUGUAAGUUAGAGAUGGGCAAAAUUUAAAGUUUUAGUUUACUUCUAAAUAGAAAUCUGGCAUCACUUUGAUUUUUUUUUGAUUUUUUAAAAAAAAGCUCACCGGGCCCUUAUUUUUUUCUUUAAAGUGUGUUUUUCACAUCCCUUUUAACUCUACAUAAAAUUUGUUCUACUUGUAUUCUCAUAGGCAUCUAGAGCCUGAUUAGUUAAGUGUUUCAAACCUUUGUGCUUGUAGAAUUCCUAAAGAUGCAAGUGGGAAAGGAAUUUUAUGAAAAUAUUCUUAUGUAUGCAUACAUAAACAGUACAAUACAAUAAAUAUUAAUUGACUUCA